UUUUGUUACUUUCCGGUACAUAGAUUUGUUAGCGUUUUAAGCCACAGUUGCUUUUACGUCGAAAUGCAAGAUCAGUAGGUGUUUUGAACUUAGGUUUGAUUGAUUAUAACUAAAAGAAGCCAGCGCUGUAAUCAUAUACAGUCGAGUCCAUAUCAGUUAACCUUUGAUGGACCAGUAUGAGAAGGUUGAGAAGAUUGGUGAAGGAACGUAUGGUGUGGUCUACAAGGCUCGUGACAAAGUUACCAAUGAAACAAUCGCUUUGAAGAAGAUUCGUCUGGAGCAAGAAGACGAGGGUGUCCCAAGCACAGCUAUUAGAGAAAUCUCGCUGUUGAAAGAGAUGCAACAUGGAAAUAUUGUCAAGUUACAGGAUGUUGUGCACAGUGACAAACGAUUGUAUCUGGUUUUCGAGUAUCUGGACCUGGAUUUGAAGAAGCAUAUGGACUCAUGUCCCGAGUUUUCAAAGGAUCCACACCUUGUAAAAAUGUUUCUAUAUCAGAUCCUACGUGGCAUUGCUUAUUGCCAUUCCCAUAGAGUUCUCCAUAGAGACUUAAAACCUCAAAACCUUUUGAUUGAUCGCCGUACCAAUGCACUAAAGCUCGCAGAUUUUGGAUUGGCCAGGGCCUUUGGCAUUCCUGUCAGGACAUUCACACACGAGGUGGUUACACUGUGGUAUAGAGCACCAGAAAUUCUUCUUGGAUCGCGUCAUUAUUCUACUCCUGUUGAUGUGUGGUCGGUCGGUUGUAUAUUUGCUGAGAUGGUGAACCAACGGCCACUCUUCCCCGGUGAAUCUGAGAUUGAUGAGCUGUUCAAAAUUUUCAGAAUCAUGGGAACUCCAAACGAAGAUACAUGGCAUGGUGUGACUUCACUGCCUGACUUUAAGUCCGCCUUUCCAAAAUGGUCAUCAAAGGACCUGGCAACUAUUGUCCCAAAUCUCGCAAAACCCGGUCUUGAUCUCCUACGUAAAAUGCUGUGCUUGGAUCCCAGUAGAAGAAUUACAGCCCGGGCCGCACUGGAACACGAAUACUUUAAAGAUAUCGGGUUUGUGCCAUAACUCACGAAACUGAACCCAUUUCAAGGUUUUAUUAUGUGAGAUAUGUGUGAGUGUGUGACAUUUUUAGGUUAUGAUUUUUUCUUCCGUCUUAGGAAAACCUUAAAUGUUAAGGCGCUUUCUUGCUAAGCCAUUGUCGAAUUGGCUUGUGCGUGUGCCUUAUCUCUUAUAUCUGAAACCCUAAAGUUUCUGAUUCUGCAACAGUUUACUUGAUGAACAACAUAUCAUGUUUUUUAUUUGUCUAUGGAUCUGUUUGGUGUGCA